UCAAGAUGGCAGACAUGCCGCUUGAGUCGUGAUAGUAUGAAAUCGUAGGAGUACGAAUUUUAGGUGUGUCUUUCUAAAUAUCGGACUAGAAUGUCUCCCGAAUUUUUUACUAAGUUCUUAUUAGAAUGUUCUGACAAUGUGAGACAACGUGUUCGCGUUUCGUGCGUUAGGUUUAGGUAACGUUUGUGCCGGAACAUAUGUAUUAAAACGGUGUUAAAAAUUGUGUUGUUCGGUGUGUCGUGUACGAUAAGUAUUCUGGUUUGAUGUUAAAUUAAAAUGUGGAAUAUGAUGUGCGACGUGAUGCCCACUAUAUCCGAAGACAGUAUCAGCCAACGGAGUUCUCAGUUAUCCGGAGAAGAUGCCAAUUUUGAGCAGCUUAUGGUGUCUAUGCUUGACGAACGAGAUAAACUGGUGGAGAGUCUGCGUGAGACACAGGAGCGUCUCGGCGAUUCGGAGCUGCGGCUCAAGGAGGUGGAGAAAGAGCGGGAUUCAUUGCAGAGGCAAAUUGCUGCCAACUUACCACAGGAGUUCGCGACCCUCACAAAGGAGCUCAACCAGGCGCGAGAACAACUGUUAGAACGAGAGGAGGAGAUAUCGGAACUCAAGGCGGAAAGGAACAAUACCAGGUUACUACUAGAGCACUUAGAAUGCCUGGUGUCGCGGCACGAGCGCUCGCUGCGCAUGACGGUGGUGAAGCGGCAGGCGGCCGCGCAGUCGGGCGUCUCCUCCGAGGUGGAGGUGCUCAAGGCGCUGAAGAGCCUCUUCGAGCACCACAAGGCACUCGACGAGAAGGUCAGAGAAAGGUUACGAGUAGCGUUAGAAAGGAACACAGCGUUAGAAGAAGAAUUGGCGUUAACCAAAGAAGAAUUGCAACAGUACAAAUCGUCGGGGCCAGACGACAAGCCGAAGGAGAACGGCACAGUGCCGAGCGGCUCGCCCGAGCAGAACGGGGAACAGCAGCAAACUAAGGAGAAUAAUGUUAACGGCGACUCGGACACGAGCAAGCGAAUCACAGAGCUCCAUAACACGAUCGCCAAACAGUCAGCAGAACUGAGCUCGUGGCAGCGGCGCGUCGCGGAGCUGAACAACAAGGUGUCGGACCUCGAGGAGCGGCUCGCGAAGGGCGAGAAGGAGCUGGUGAAGAAGCAGGAGGAAUGUGCCAAGCUGCAGCGCGACCUCAGGGAGAACGUGGCACAGAAGGAAGAUCAGGAGGAGCGGAUAGCGACCCUCGAGAAGCGGUAUCUGAACGCGCAGCGCGAGUCCACCUCGCUGCACGACCUCAACGAGAAGCUGGAACAGGAGCUCCAACAUAAGCAGGCACAGCUCAAGCUCCAAGAGGAGAAGAUCGCGGCCAUCGAAGAGAAGUUGGAACUGUCCACGCAGAAGUUGGCGCAGAUGUCCUCGCUGCCCGAGAUGGAGGAGCAGCUCAGGGCCCGGAUGGAAGCCCUGAACCAGGUUGGUACAAUGGCGCAGGAGCGGCACGGGUCGGCGGAGGACCGCAUCCAGCGGCUCGAGGCCAGCGUGGAGGAGAAGAACGCCGAGCUCAUGCGGCUCAACCAGCGCCUGCGCAUGAACGAGGAGCACAACACGCGGCUCUCCGCCACCGUCGACAAGCUGCUCUCCGAGUCCAACGACAGAUUACAAGUGCACCUAAAAGAGCGUAUGCACGCGCUCGAUGAGAAGAACGCACUAACGCAGGAGUUGGAGAAAACGAGGAAGUACGCCGACGAGCUCAUGGUGGAGAAACAGGACAUACUGAAAGAACUGGCCAAGUGGCGCAUGGAGACUGAACAGCUGAAACGGCAGAUGCUGGAGCAGGAGAUCGCGUUCAACAUACAGCAGACGGACGCGCUGACGCGGUCGCUGUCGCCCGCCGCGCUGCAGCCGCCGCCGCAGCCCGCCUUCCAGCCCAAGUUGGACGGUUCGUGGGAGAAGCUGCAGCAGGCGCACGCUAUGGCUAACGUACAACAACCGUUCGAUGUGUCCAGUGACGCUGAGAACGACGAGUCGGAAGGCGGUGUGGAGGGCGGGCACACGGAUGCCGCCGCGCUGGCGCUGAUGCUGCAGGAGCAGCUCGACGCCAUCAACACGGAGAUCAGGCUCAUACAGGAGGAGAAGCAGAGCACCGAGGCCAGGGCCGAGGAGCUCGAGUCCAGGGUGGGCAGCUACGAGCACAUGAACGUGGUGUCGCGGCGCGGCGAGUCGCCGCCGCUGGCCGCGUCGCCGUCGCGCGCGCACGCGCACCUGCACCCGCACCAGCACGCGCACGCGCACCUCGCGCCCCACCACAAGUACCACACGGCGCCCGCGUCGAUGUCGCCGGCGCACGCGCACUACCGCGCGCCGCCCGCGUCCGAGAGCCUGCCCGCAAGCCAGUUGCAGCUGUGCGAGGAGGGCAGCGUGGGCGGCGUGGGCGGCGUGGGCGGCGUGGGCGGCGUGGGCGGCGCGGAGGGCGCCGAGUCGCCGCUCACGGCGCGCUCGCUGCGGCUCGAGCGAGCCGCGCGGGCGCUGCACGCCGAGCGAGACCGGCUGCGGGCGCACUACCAGCCGCCCUACGACGCGACUUCGAUAAUGUCAGGAAGCCUCGCCCGGUUCCCGAUACACAGCUCGAGCCAAGAGUCGCUGGGCACGCUGGGCGGCGGCGGCUACGGCGGCGCGUCGCCCGGCCUGCCGCGGGGCGUGGCCGCAGCCGCCUCCGCCGUCUCCAUCGCCUCCAUGCACCAGCAGAAGAAGCGCGGCAUCAAGAGUUCUCUCGGCAGGUUCUUCAGCAAGAAAGAGAAGGUCGGCAUGCCGCUGCAAGGCGGCGCUGGCAGCGGUGGCGGUGCGCGGUCGCUGUCGUCGGCGUCGUCACUGGGGCUGGCGUCACUGGCCGACGACACCACGCCACCCGCCGACCACCACUCGCCGCACCAGCACCUGCAGCACCAGGACUACGCGCGCUCCAAGACCAAGGAGCGCGACUACCGGCACGAGCUGCUGGGCGAGGCCAUGCGCGCGGGCACGCCGUUCGCGCUAUGGAACGGGCCCACCGUGGUGGCGUGGCUCGAGCUGUGGGUGGGCAUGCCCGCCUGGUAUGUGGCCGCCUGCCGCGCCAACGUCAAGUCCGGCGCCAUCAUGUCCGCGCUCUCCGACCAGGAGAUACAGCGCGAGAUCGGUAUUAGCAACCCGCUGCAUCGUCUAAAAUUACGACUAGCCAUCCAAGAGAUGGUGUCGCUGACGUCACCGUCCGCGCCGCGCGGCACCGCCUGCGCCGCACUCGCCUUCGGGGACAUGAACCACGAGUGGAUCGGCAACGUCUGGCUGCCAUCGCUCGGAUUACCGCAAUAUAGGACGACAUUUAUGGAGUGCCUGGUGGACGCGCGAAUGCUGGAGCAUCUCACCAAGCGGGACUUGCGGACACAGCUCAAAAUGGUCGACAGUUUUCACAGGACGUCGCUGCACUUCGGCGUGGCGUGCCUGAAGCGCGUGGGCUACAGCGUGCGCGCGCUGGAGGAGCGGCGGCGCGCCGCCGAGCACGCCGCGCGCGACGUGCUCGUGUGGACCAACGAGCGCCUGCAGCGCUGGCUCGUCUCCAUCAACCUCAAGGAGUACGCGAACAACUUAGUGGAGAGCGGCGUGCACGGCGCGCUGAUCGCCCUCGACGACAGCUUCGACGCCAACAGCAUGGCGCUCGCGCUGCAGAUACCCACGCAGAACACGCAGGCGCGGCAGAUCCUAGAGGGGGAGUUCGAGCUGCUGCUGAAGACGGGCACGGAGCGCACGUCGCGGCUGCAGCACGACCACGCCGCCGCCUCCUGACACCACGCCAUCAACUAGGCGCCGCCGCCGCCGCCGCCGCCGGAGGUUCGCUAGACAUACGCUCCACGUUGCCACAGUCUAACAACUCGCACCUGCCAGUCGUCCGACUCGUCUGCGCGCACUUGUUAUGUAAUAAGUCCGAGACAUGCCAAAGGCGUGGAUCUACUGGUCGUUCCUUACACUGUGACGUUAAAUUGAACGAUUCGAAUGUUACGAAAAGAGUAGGUAACCAAAUGUUUCCAAGUAUUAUUUGUACACUUUUUCAAUACCUAUUAUAAACAUACUGUGUCUGUUACCAACAUAUUUUUUUUCUACUAUUUAUAAUAUAUGUAUGUUGGUAACAGGCAUUAUAUGUAAAUAUUUAAUAUUUUUUGUUACUCUUUUCUGGAUACCAAAUUACCGAUUAGUAAAUUACAUAAUGAUUUUUAUAAUUCAUUAUAAAAUGAUGGUACUUGUAUUGCCAUAUGCUAUUGACAAUUUCAAAUAUAUCUGAUACUAGAACUACUAGUAUUGCCACAUUAUACUCUCAAUAAAUUCAAAUAUAUUACCGAAUUAAUUAUCAGUACAACAUUGUAUUGUUAAUUCCUUUAUUUAUUUAAAAACAUCUGUUAACUUAAGUGUUGCCUCUAUAAAAAAAUGCAGUGAAGCGUGAGUUUUGUCUAUCGAACCAAAAGUGUAGAUGUGUAGCGAACGAUCAUGAACGGUAGCAUAGAGAAAGACUGGCCAAGUUGAACGAACAGAGGCAGAGUGACCAUCCAAUAAAGACUCAAUGUGAUACUACCUAGUGUCUAUAUUAGUGUGACUCCCAAGUGGUUACAUCUGUCCUAAACCGGUCCGCACCGGUACGAACCGCCUGAAGCCAGCGAGCACCGGAUGGUUAGUGAAGGUUUAAUUAUAGAUUUUUUUUUACUUUUAUUUAUUUUUAAAUAGAUAUUUAUUUACAUUUGGUACAAAUACAUAUGUAUGUAGAACACAAAAUCGACAAUUACAGUCAUGAAACGACAAAAAUAUUAAAAUAAUGUUUAUUAAUAUACACUUUUCUAUUUCUAAGUUACAUUUGACAGCUAAUUAUAUUACAUUAAUCAAUAAAUUUAUGGUAUUAUGACAUUUUCGUUAAAUAGAACUAUACAGUUUAACAGUGAACAGUUUUCUUUGACACGAAACAGUUACGUUCUCAAGUAAAUGUCUAAAACGAAAUAUAGAAUGGAAAAGGUAUAAAACUAUUUUUUUUUUAAAUUACUACAAUGAAAUAAACCUUAUAAAUUAAUUUAUAAAACACUGUUACUAAGUCAUUGUUAGUUAUUCUAUAUAAAAAAAUACGCUGGUUUCUAAGGAUGAAGGUGUGAAAGGAAGACGUGAUGGUUCGAUCCUGUGGUCUAAGUCUUCUAUAUUUCAAUAUGGCAACACUGUGUACUUUAACCUUAAACAAAAAUGCGAUACUGUAUAGUUAGUACAAAUUUCCAUUCCUACAUAAAUGAGAAAUAUAAUCAAUUUUUAAAAAUUAAUUACGACCACCCAGUGUUGCCAUAUUUGAAAUCAAAAUGGAAGCGUUGUUGAUACAAUAAAGUUUUCAAUGUGUAUAUUUAAAUAUUAAACAGUCGUAGCGAAAUUAAUGCUUGUGGGAUAUAUAAUUAUAUGAAAUACAAGUGCUCUGAUAAUGUAGAUUUACUAUGUACUUAACGUGUAUUCCAGUAUUUAUUGUCAUAAAUAGAGUUUGAGGGGUUGCCGUGCUCGAGGCGAAAUGUUACAUUUCAACUGUUAUAAAUUUUUAAUACUAUCAAGUGUGAUUUUCGAUAGCGACUUAUUUUCUUAUCCUCUUGUUGAUGUAAGUGAAUAAAUUUUUCAAUAUUUUAAAAUGGUCCUGUCGUUUUCUUUCAAAAUAAAAUUUAGCAUAAAGGAAUGGGACAAAAUACUUCUAUACCUUCUGACCAGAUCAUUCGUGAAAAUAUCAUACGACAAAUAUAUUUAUUUUAGCUUUCGAAGUUCUGUCUCUUUCUUUUGCUCUAGAUUCUUAUUUUGAAUGAAAGUGACAAAAUAUUGUAAUAGUUAAAAUGGGUUUUGUAAAUUUUAAUUCUUAUGAUUAAGAGGCUAACUCUUUACCAUGUAUAUGGUAACAUUAGCCAGAGCACGGCACCCAUACAUGAACAAUGUCAUAUUCUGAUGCCAAAUAUUAGUUACAACUAACUAAUAUAAUUAGGAUACUGUUACACUGUGUACAAUUAACUCCAUGUAUAAAAUAUUCCGUUGUAAUGUGUUCCGUUUAAAUGGAGUCGUAAUUGUAAGCAGUGGCCGGCCCUCUAGUGUUACGGUAUUGUGAUUUCACGUACGGAUACAAUAUUUGUUCUUGAAAUUAGGCGGUGAACACACUGUCGCACACGACGCAGCGUGUACAUCAUACUGAGAACUUAACCGAUCAAAAGUUUGUCUACAAAAAAAGGUAAUGAAAAAUCCAUUAAGUUAAAAAUUUUGUGUUUCACGCUGAGGGUGCGUGACUGUGUGUGAGCCUAAUCCACUCGGUAUUCCAACUGGACUUGAAGUCCGCCAAAUUGGUGCUAAGGGUACCCAUACACGAUCAUGUUCCGUGUAAAUUUUUUGUGGACAAAUUGUGAUAUAUCGAACUGUCAACUUUGUCGUUCCACGCCUGAAUUGCAACAAUUUGUUGGCACUUUGAAAGGCAGCAAAUGCACUUGCGCGUAUCUGAUAUUUCAAAAGACAUCUUGGUUUUGUUAUUUUUGAUCUGUAGUUGGUAUGUAUAGGGAUGAGAUAAAAUGCAAUUAAUUUUUUUGUCGCGUUAGUAAAAAUGGCAAAGAAGCUGUACGAUCCACUGAUGGUAAGUGGUAACCGUCGCCUAUAUACAUCAAAGUCCAUAAAAUGUCCUCUAUAUCUAUAGGCGAUCAGUGGAUCGUCCAACUUUGUAAUAUUGAGAUUGUGUCGCCAACCAAAUAAAUUAUUAUUUAUUCAAUGAUCCUUAUGUUCUACAAGACAAGACCUAUUUUCGUAAAUACAAUCUUGGUGCAUUUCUGCCUUGGUCCACAACGUCGGCCGUCGUGUUGGUGCCCCGCCACAUGCCCGAAUACCAAGUGCCUCGCCGAGGUGUGUACAUAUAGCUUUACGUAGACUGUGUGCCUCUCCGUUUGACAGAUCAUUUUAUGCAACAGUAUACCUCAUGUGUACUAGCAUCCGUCUGUUGACCGUAGCCGAAUUUGGCUUAAAUCAACAAACCUCUAUUAAUAAAUCCUAGUCCUUAAAUUUUUGUUUAAUAUAAAUAAACCAAGAGAUGCAUAAUGGAACCUGUCGACGGUCAUGCAUCUUGAUUUAUGCAUGUAUCUGUUACCGCGUGUAGAAAAGAGAUGCAGCUAUUAUGCCUUCUUUAUCUUACAAAUGAUAAUAUAAGUGUGCUUAACUCAAACCGAUUGAUUGUCUACGGAACCCAUGAGAGCUUUUCUUUUACGAAACUAGGUUUUAGGAGAAUAAUGACUAACAUGGAAAGUCGUAGAAUUUCUACUUAUAAUAAUAGUAGUCAAUCUUCGAGUGUUACCAGUUGCACGCAAAUUAAUGGUAGCGGAAUUAAACAAAAUAAUUCUAAUCGACUGACCCGUAAGAGCAUUUAGUUUGUUUCAAUUUACGAACAAAUGUACCAGAUUCUAGCGACAUCUGUCUUAUUUUUCAAUCUUUAAAAAUAUAUACAUAAUUUUUAUCAUUUCUGAAUGGAUAUUUAAAACGUACUUUUACUUUUAAAGAUUCAAAAUAAUAUUUUUCUAUCAAAAUUUUAUUGAUAAUAAGAAUUUUUGUUUAAUAUUGCCAAACACUGGUAUAAAUGCACUUAUGGUUUCCAUAGGUAGCCAAACGGUAUAAAUCAAACACCUAUAUUUCCGCUUAUAAGACAAAAAACGCGAUUUUGCUGUUUUUAUUCUACAAGCGGCAAUAGAUUCGAGCUUAACUUCAGCCGCUUGACCAUCUAUAGACGUCUUAAAUCUAUAUAGAAAAUAUUUGUCGCCACGUCCUAUAAAUCUAAACGCUGACGGUCAACAGACAGAAACGGUCACAGAUAAUAUAAGAGAGAUGCUUUAAUAAGUUUACGGAUCACAUACAAAAAAAAAUAAAUAGCGGCAGUAUGCUUAAUCGCUUCUAACAUAGUACGCGUAUCGACACGAGGGCACACACAUACUAGUCUCAUGUACAGUUGUUAAAGUUGUUUUGUAAUCAUGUAUUUUAUUAACUUUGUAUUAGCAUAGCGAUCGUGAACCGAGACGUAGCUAGGUAUAUUUUUGUUAAUCGCGUUUACUGUAUGUAAUGGCGCGCCGCCAUUGCCGCCGCCUCCGCGCCAGUAACCAAGAUGGCGGAGACCGCGAAAUGGCGGACGAGCCGAUUUGAUUUCUGUGACGUCGGGCGAUAACCGAUCGUGUCUCGUAUUGAUUGUAUAACAAUACAUUAUGUAUUUUAAGCAAUAAUUUAUAUAUCAUUACAGAGGUCCUGAGGGAAUGUAUUUGAAAAAUAUAUUCUAUCCCUUUCAAACAAUAUUAUUGGUUAGAAAGAGAUACAUGUAUAUCAGGACCUGUACAGCGCUCUAUCGAACAAUAUAGGUUACACUAAAAUAGUUUUUUUUUUCGAUCGUUUAUCACCCGGUGUCCGAACUUCAAUAGUUAAUGAAAAUAAAUAAAAAAAAAAAAUGUAUAGCUAACCGUUUAUAAUUUGGUGGAAUCUUUAUCAAUAGCUAAUAUACUGUAAAUAUGGUUUCUAUACUAUAACAAUUUUUAUGUGUAGUUACGAAAUGUAGCAAUAUCUAGCUAGGAUGUGUUCAAACGAUUAGAUUUUAUUAUUUUUAACGCUUUAUUUAUUAACUAGGUAUUAUUUAUUUAUUAAAGUUAUUAUUGUAACACGUGUCGGAGCUGUACAAUGUACCCUUAAUCGGUAUUUUGAGAAAUAAUUACCUCGUCUGUCUUACGGUUGUCGUGAACUAUCAUGAACAUUAGGUUUUGUAUUAAUAAAACGAAGGGCUGCUAAAUUUGGAUAAGUUUUUUUUUAAGUAAAUAAUAAUAAUGUAUAAUAUAAUAUAUAUAUAUAUAUAUAUAUAUAUAUAUAUAUAUAUAUAUAUAUAUAUAUAUAUAUAUAUAUAUAUAUAUAUAUAUAUAUAUAUAUAUAUAUAUAUAUAUAUAUAUAUAUAUAUAUAUAUAUAUACAUAUAUAUAUAUAUACAUAUAUAUAUAUAUGCGUAACAGUAUUAAUUAAAAUUAGGAAAGUUUGCGUGUGACCACCAGUGUGAUUGUAAAGAUUAUGAAAUUAUUUGUAGAUUUGUUGGUGUGUCGCGCGCCGCCGUCGCUGCUUGGUCGUCAUCUCCCAAUUGUUUUAUAUUCGGUCGAACUCAAUGUAAAAAGAUUAAAUAUAUAUUUAGUAUUCCAGAUAUCCGACUAACGUUGAGAUAUCUGCCUUUGAUGCGAGCUGAAACGUGAAUGGAACGUAAACGGAUUGUGGUGUUUUGUUGCGUCACUAACUCUGCAUCGUCGGUCACUUUAACUAGUACUAUCCUUUUCGUUCUAUUGCGAUUAGAGGAGGAUAGAAAGAGUUUGAGUGUCAUGUUAGGAGGCCCUUUCGAAAACUAUUUUAAUUUUGUGGUUUUUUUUUUAUUGUUGUUAUUUAACACGAGUCUAUUAAUGUGUUUAAUAAAAAAUAUUCGUUUAUUUAUAAUAAUAAAUAUAUAUUUACAAUAGUAAGUUCGCAACUUAUCAAAUAGCUAAUGGUAAUUUAUUUAUAUGAAGACUGAUGGUAUACCUAUAACAGUUAUUCGUAUUGAAUGGGCCUCUUAAUUAACUGUAAAAGGUCAUAAUUCGAGUUAUAGCUACUUGUAUGGUUACACGGCAUUCAGCGGUGAUCAUACAAAUCCAAUGCUGUAUAGUUUUUAUAUCGCCGGCCAGUCAACACGCGUGCGACGUCGGACUAUUUGGCGGUGUAUGGGAGGCUGGUGACUCGCUCGACCUAUAUCAUUCAUACACAUCAAAAUUUUCACUAUGAAGUAAAAUAUUAUACAUAUAAUAUAUUUUUUUCUUGUCUUAUUUGUUAAACUAUUCAAGCUUAUCUUUUUUUUUUUUUUUAAUGAAUACAGUUGAUAAGAAAUACUUUAAUGAAAAAUUAUUUAUUAAAUACGUUAACAGCAAUUUUAGUGAUACAUGUUAAAUUUGUUUAUCAAAGAAGACAGGAAAAAUAUAUUAUACCUAUAUGUAUGUAUGUAUAUAUAUAUAGCGUCUACAUAGAGUUUUAUAAAUGCAAUAUAUGUUUAUGAAAUGGUUAUUUAGUUAUCGAUUAGUGUAUAGCUUUUGGGUGUAGCUAAGUUUUGUAUAAAGUGGACGCAGUAAGUGCCGUCUGGGCUCGAUAUGCUCGGGUGCAUUAUGUAGAAAUAUCAGAGGCGUAAAUGUGUUGAUAACACCCCCCCCCCCUCCACCCCUCACCCGUCUAUAUAUUCUUUUUUAUUUACUUUUAUUGCAAAGUUAAUUAGGACCAAAUUCACUAUUAUAUUAUUGAACACAAAGUAAAAAAGAUGACUUUAUUAAUUAAAGACAACACAUUUCUGAUUGGAAACAGCAAAUAAAAAAUAAUAAUAAUGAAUAUUCAGGGAUACACCAGAAGGAGACUUUGUACAAAUGUCGAUUGCUUGGGUACCUCUGUCCCAUUCGUGUUUCUACCGUGUAGCAGUUGUGUUCGUGAAAAAAAUUAUCAUAAAAGUAGGUAGUUUGAAAAAUCAACUCAGCGAGUUUUACGUACACCGGUGGGGUAUCGCGUCAUACAUAAUUUUAUUCUAAAUUUUGAUAUCAUGAUUACACGGUCUUACUUUUAUAAUAAUACGUUAUUUAUACGUAUUUUGUAUAAUUCGGUUUCACCCCAUAUAUAGAUAUAUGAUCUAUCCAACAUUUACGCCACUGAUUCUGAAAUAUGAUGAAAGAUACGAACAGCGCCAUCUUGUGUAAGUAUCACGUACGUUCCUAUAGGUCUGAUUUGUCUAGCACUGCGUUAAUACUUCGUUAUAUAGCUGAAUAGUCAACGAAGCGAACUAAUAGGUUCAUUUAAAUACAGUUAAAUUUAUCUGAAGAAAUAGAAUCCUACUGUCUUAUGCGUAUUCUCAUUGAAAAACUAAAUCAAAGUACGUAAAUAUUUUAUGAUUUUUUUAAGACCGAACACAAGUGACCAAGCCUAUAAUCAAACACGCAUUUUAAAUACCAUUAAAUUGUCAUACCAAUUUUUUUUUUUAGAAGCAAAAAAAUCUGGUUUUUUUUUUCGUAAAUGGGCUCAGUGCUGCCAUCUACAAUUACUCGUGUUCGUUUAUACAUUUUUUUUCGGUUUCCUAAAGUGAAAGUCGUACUUUGUAAUCCGUAACACACCUCCUCAAGUGCCAACGUUUAGACAAAGUUCUAAGGAACAGACGCGGCGCAGGCCGACUUCGUUGAUAUCACCAAACAUUCCAACUCACUGUCCGCUAUAGAAAACUUUGAGUCCCCAUGACACCACCGAUAGCGUCAAGAGAAUUUGCUUACCCAUAAAGCUAAUAUGAUCUGGCGGUGGACUUUAUGAGGGCAUGUAAUAAAAUUAAUAUUGUUGGAAACCCUUGAUGUUAUGACACAGAGGGAGUAUUAAUUAUUUCCUUUUAUUAUAUUAACCGUUAACUGUCCACUGCUGGACAUAGGUCUAUUGGAGAGGGGGGGGAGGGUUUGCCAGUAGUUGCUACAUUUGGCAAGCGGGUUGGCAAUCGCUUUGAUGAUGUUUUAAAAGGGACACUGCUGCCUUCUCUCCACCAUUGAGUUCCCUUAGUCUCCUUUUACGAGCACACGGCAAUUAAGAACGUACCCUGAUAUAAAUUGGAACCAAAAUUACGUAACAGACGACACCGCCGCCGCUAGUGACGGAUCGACUUCGUGAUAUUGACGUUGUAUAACGAAUGUUAACAUAUAUUUGUUUAUAUCUAUAUGUAAAUAGAUAUAAUAAUUGUUUAUUUACCUUUCGGGAUGAACAGAGACAGUAUUAAUAGUGUAAAAAAAAAAAAGAGUUUAUUGAAUUUUCGUUUUUCCUGUAUAAUUUUAAUGGUAUGGUAUUUUGUAUUGCGGAUACAGCUCUGGUCUCAGACAAUUGUAUACUUUAAUGUAGUUCAUGCGAGAUUAUGAGCUUAAUCUAACCCAACAGCGUGACGUGACAGGCAGGCACUGUGGAUAAUAGUGAAUUUACCGUGACAACAAGUGUGUGGUGGUCAUGGGGAUCGUACGAGAGUAUGCUCAGUCCCACGGAUCACGUCCCAGUGGCUCGCGCUACCAAAGAGUAAAGUUACCUUCACGUUAAGGAAUAAAUGUAAAAUAGAUUGUUAGUGAAAUUUUGAAUGUAUAUAAUUUUGCAUAUAAAUGUGUUGCAUAGCUUCGUAUAGUGGUGGGAGUGUAUAUCGAGUGUGUACUGCGCUAGUGUUGCCAAUGUGGCAGUUGAGAUGUCGCGGGCACUCCUGUAACUGCCUUUGGCAUGAUCCGGCUGUAGGGUACCCGGCGUCUGGUACCGAGAUCUAUUUUUGGCUUUCACAUAGCUUAAUAUAGCCAAACAGAUACGCUAAUACAUGGGAAAGUUCUUUUACACACCCAGCCAUAGACACUGGGUACCUUGCAAGCAGAUCGUGUAAACAGGCACUAAGUACGCCACCGGCCGCCUUUACAUUCCAGGCUUUCUGUGUAAUCAUUAACGCUUCAGCCCUCGACUAAUGUGUUAGAGGAGUAAUGUUACAGGAAACUUUGGUAAAGUGUAGGGCAUUAUUGUAAUGUCUGAACAGGUUUGUUAAUCUAGACAAUGAUUAUUUUGACCAAUGUAAUCUGAACUACUGUGUAACCUUUGUAAAAAAUAUUUAUCAGAUGUGCGAUGACGACAUACGUUUUGCAUAAUGAUAAGAGGUAAAUACAAUUUACACGAUACAA